CUUCGAGAGAGGAGAGGAUGGACGCGCCGCUUGUCACGGUCACGAACCCCAUUGACUGCGGCACCGAAAAGCAGGGAGGGCAACAGGGCGUCCCUUUCCUGUCCUGGUCACCAGGGGGGCUGACUCUCGAGUAAAGUCCAAAGAGACGUUGGGCAAGCCAGAAAGGCCUUAUCGAAAGGUCUUCCUCUUUUGCAGCAACCUAUUGCGGCCGCUCCAGUGAACCUGCGUAGAGGUUUUAGCGCCCUUCGUACAAAGGUUUCUGUGGGUUGCUUGACGUCUUCACAAUGUGAGCAGGAGUUUUGCGCUUAAAUAUGUAGUUAGGGCAGAAAGCGUAGUAUAGUUUUGUGCCGCAAACCCCCUCCAGCCAAUUUGUUGCCUGCAAAUGCUGCGAAGUCCCCAUGUCGUCCUUAGUAGUAGGUCGGUGUUUUUCUUCAGCAGCAUCAAGGGAGGGCCUGUACAAGAUUGGUGUCACAGGCAAUUGGGAUACUCCUCAGGGCCUUCCCUUCUGAGCUGCUCAGCUGUUGCAAGGAAUUUGCAGCUCCUGGUCAAGUUUCUGCUCAAAGAAACUGAAGGAACUAGCGUAGCACAGCAGCCACCACGGCUCUCUCCUCCAUCUCAACCCAACCUCUUGCAAUGGCUGGGAGCACGCUUGUGCUGUCCCCUAGCCUGACGCGCGCACCUCAUGAGGAGAGCAGAGCCCUUUCCAUCAGCAGAGGCAUCGGUCCGGCCGACGAUGAGAUCCAGAUACUUCUGGCGACGCCGUCUGUGGACAGGCCCUAUGUUCCUUUGAGGGUCUUCACGAGUGAUUCAAUCCAGUCUGUCAAGAUGCAGAUUGCACGGUCUCAUGGCUUUACUCUCAGCAGCCAGGUCUCUGGAAUUAGGUUGGUAUCAGGUGGGAGGGAGCUCCGAGCUAGAGAGCAUGCUGACCUGGCAGGGUAUGGCAUCAACAAGUCAGGGGAGGUGUUGCACUUAGCUCUGCGCCUGUCUGACCUCGUUGAUGUGCGAGUGAAGACACGAGAGGGGGUGGAGAAGACCUUCACUCUUGAGAAAGGCGCUCGGGUGUGGGAUCUCAAGCAGAAGAUUGCGAAGGACGAGCAAGCGUUGGAUGCUGAUGAUGCGCAGCUGGUGCUUCGGGGCCAACCCCUGCAGGAGGGCCUUCUCGUGGAAGAUUUGGCACUGUCUGAGGACAUAGUCGUCCACCUCCUUGUCCGAAAGUCAUCCAAAGUCCGGGUCAAGCAGGGCAAGGGUCAGCACGUUGAGUUGUCAAUCGAGUCAAGCAGGACGCUUCCCAGGGAGGUCAGCCAAAAGAAGCGCCUGCCGUCAGCAAAGCCUAGUCUGUGCAUAACCCCUCUAGGCUUGUUGGAAAGCAGCAGGGAUAGGACGAGUUUGCUAGAGCUCAUGGUCAAAGCCACGGCGGGCCUGCCAGUGCACCCCCCGGUGCUUUCCCUAGGUGGAAUGGGGGCUGCCUACUUCUUGGCAGACAGGUCCGGCGAGACUGUUGCGGUCUUCAAGCCAGUGGAUGAGGAGCCACUUGCAGUCAACAAUCCUCGCGGUUUGCCAGUGUCAAAGACUGGGGAGGGCUUGAAGAGGGGCACCAGGGUUGGUGAAGGGGCUGCCAGAGAGGUGGCUGCAUUCCUGCUCGACAAAGAUGGGUUUGCCUCGGUCCCUCCCACCGCCAUGGUCUCGUGCAUGCACCCCUCCUUCCACUACAGCCAUAAGCAGACCUCCGUCCUUUGCGAGAAGGGGGCCUGCAAUCGGAAGAUUGGGUCUCUGCAGCAGUUUGUGCCAUGUGUGAGCAACUGCGAGGAUACAGGGCCCCAGAGCCUGCCUGUGGCCGAAGUGCACAAAAUCUCGGUCCUGGACAUUCGGCUGGCCAAUGCAGACAGGAGUGGUGAAAACAUCCUCAUCUGCCGCAACAAAGAUGGGAGUACCAAGCUGGUCCCCAUUGAUCAUGGCUACUGCCUGCCUGAGUCGAUGGAGGACGUAUGGUUCGACUGGAUCUACUGGCCACAGGCGAAAGUCCCCUACUCCAGGGAAGUCAGGGCAUACGUUGCUAACCUCAACGUGGAGGAGGACCUGUCGUUGCUGGCGGCAAACGGGAUCCACCUCAGCGAGAAGGCGGAGCGGGUGCUACAGGCCUCCACUCUGCUGCUCAAGAAGGGGGUGGCACGGGGUCUUACGGCACACGACAUCGCAUCGCUCAUGUGCCGGAUGGACCUCAACAAGGAGUCUGCGCUUGAGGGCAUGCUCUCUCAAGCGGAGGAAGCGUUGCUGCCAGGGUGCUCCCUUGAAGCAUUUGUAGAGACGCUAGGUAGCAUAGUGGAUGAGGACCUCAAGGCGUUUGAGGACAGGUCUGUCUAGAGUCAAAAGUUUGUCGAAAGACUUGCUAGGCUGUACGCUAUUCUAGAGCAGGCAGCCAGCAGGUCUAGUCCUGGAGUAGCUGUUGUCUAGUAUGUCAGCGAGCGUUAAUCUAUUAGAGCGUUAAUCUAAUAGGCUACGGGAGUCACUGAGAAUACUGUAAUUAACACUGUUCAUAUGUAUGAUGGAAAUCGAAACGGAGAUGAAGAUGUGGAAAUUGAAACGGAGAUGAAGAUGUGAUACAGAAUUUUCACUGUUGUAAUUGCGAUCUGAUUGAAAACAGUGAGCAAUUGCAAACAUCAUAACCUGAAGUAAGGAGGACAUG